AUGGACUUCACGAUCUCGCUCGCCCACUUUUGCGAGGUCCACGGUCCUACGUCGAUUAUCUGCACCCAAGCCUCGACCACACCCUGUGGCUCUUGCAACCCGUGCGUGACGCCGCCGUCCGAAGAGCCGCCCCCUACCUUCUCCUAUAACGGCCUGUAUGACCAGCCUUCGGCGUUGAAGCUGAGCAGCCGACUGCCACAGCUCACGUCGCCCUUCGAAACUCCACCCACAAGCCCGCGCUCGCCCACCCAUAAUCCCUAUUUCCCCAGCUUCCCCUCCUCCGACAGCAGCUUCGGCAGCCGGAGACCCAGCAGCACCUUCGACGCUGAACCCGAUGUCUGCGAGAACUGCCAUUUUGUCGUACCCAAGAGAUACAGCGAUAGACUCCCUAAUGGUGCUCCCGGAAGCCCCUCCAAAGACGGCCGAAGAAGGAACGGCAGUCCGGUUCUGCGCACUUCCUACAACUUCCCAGUCCGCGGACCCCUCGUCAGCGAUGACCUGAGCAGCACAGACUCGUCCGAUAUGUCUGACACGGAGCAGUCCAAGUCGUUCGACAGCAGUGCAUCCCAGUCCUAUUCAGACUCUGUUCCCACUUCCCCCCUCUUCAGCUCCAGGAGCAUGCAUACGCACACGCUCAGCUACGUCUCGACUAGUCAGCCCCAGUCCCCCGCAACCUACUCUUUGUUACGGCGCACCUGCAUUCGUACCUUGUCAACAGAGACGCUGCCGAUGGGGAAGGCGUCUGGGCCCAUGUUCUUCGGUGAUUCGCACGCCGGGUACACGAUUGCCUACGUCUUCCGCUUGCAGGAUCCUCGAUCCCGCGGGGCGAAGCGCACCUAUGCGCUUAUUGCUAUGGCCGGUCGAGACAGUUUGCGGGCCUCCAGAGCCUUGGUUAAAGUGACCGAAGUUUUCGAAUCCGUCGCCAAUCGUAUCGUUGCUCUUGCUGAACAAGUCCUCGAAAGGGAAAGCGCGGCCUCGCAGAACCUCUCACGUCCGGCCACCGCCAUCCCUCCCAGCACACCCCCUCUUGGAUCCUCCGUAUCCUCGAUGCCCGCCUUCACGUCACCCCAGAAGGACCGGCAGUUCUCCUCAGUGGCUAGCUCCCCGACCACCCGUAACAUCACUCCGGUGUCAUCGUUCCUCUCCGCGAAGAAGGUUGACCCAGACGGCUUUCCGCGGGUAUCUCGUGACGUGAUGAAGGCCAAGAGUCUCGUCGAGAUCGUUGGGAUGGAGAACUUCUUCGUGGAGCUCCACAAGAUUUUUUGCGGUCUUCUCCACUCCCUAAUCAAGCAGUUCGGGCAAUACGGAUGA